CCGUUAGCUUCUUCUAACGUCUUUUGUUGUGGUUCGAUUUGUGGACGUUAACCAGCUAACGGUAGCUGGCGCAGUUAGCGUUAGCUGCUGCUUUUCGGCUGAAAUGGUGUUUACAUUCAGGAAGAUAAGAGGUUAAGAGUCUCUGUGGUGACUAUCGACUGUGGCAGCACUCCUCCCGUUGAGUUACCCACCUGCCUGUGUCACAUGACUUCAGAUCAGAAUCCACAGUGUCCAGCUGAUCUACAGGUGCAGUUAUCGGUCAGAGCGCUGGGUCCUGGAUACUACUGCUUCUGCCAGGCCGAAGAAGAUGGGGUGCUGCUUUAGUAAGGAGCUCAACCCCGGCCAGCAGAAUGAGAGGAGCGGUCUGUUACAGCCUGCGCUCCACAAUGGGCUGAAUGAGGUGACAGAGCAGGUCAGGCAACACGCCGCGGCUGUAGCUCAGCAUGUGUGUUUAGACGAAGAGGACACGUGUGUGGCAGACGGGCCGGCCCAGAGGAAGCCUCCGGAAGAUGAGGACAGACAUCAAGGACUGGACUGCAAAGUUUGGACGGAGGCGGUCAGCGGGGACAUCACCUCACGGAGUGAGAGGGACCUUAAACCAGCGAGCGCUCAUGAGGAGAAGGGGGCUAUUAUUAACACAACCAGCACAAACAUACAUAUAGACACGGACGCAGAGGCAGGCAUGACACACCCUGCCAGGCCCAGCUGUGGACCGGCUCCGUAUAUGGAGGUGCUCACACAGAGUCCGGUCAGACAGAAGAUUCUGGAGAACGCGACGGUCAGGGCUUUAUGGUUCAAUCCGCUCCCAAAUGGGGAGAAGCAGCACAAACCAUCCGGCUGUUUGUCAGCUCCCGCCAUGUUGCCCUCUGCUAACUUCCAGGGUGACGUCACAGCAAGUGAAGUUUUAAGUGACCAGCCGCCGUCACCGGUCAGCGUGUGUCAAGGGACACUGCGGGAUUUCCUCAGACCGGAGUAUGAGGAGGAAGAAGGAGAGGAAGUCUGUGUCGUUGCAACAACGCUGGGUCAGGGUUUCGAAACGAGGACGAGGAGCUUCUACAGCAUAUGUUCCAUUGACGCAGAUGACCUUGAACACGACCAUGUCCACAGCCAAUCCCAAACAGCUGGAGCAACACACUCACCGCACACAGCUGAAGUAGAAACAGCUGCUCUGCCCUGCAUAGUGGAGUCUCCGGUCUCCAGCCAAUCACACGCAGAGGCACCCACAGCCUGUUACCAGCUGUAUGUCACAGAAUCUAAAAUGACCAGCGAACCCGCUUCAGCGCAAUCACGUGCUGCAGAACAGUCAGAAAAGUUAUUCUCAGCAGCGCAGACCACCUCACCUCAUCCUGUUGCAUCUCCACAGCUGGUAAAGCCUCUGUGUGACCCGCUGCCUCCGGCCACCAAUCAUAUAAAAGAUCAUCCUCAGGCGUCCACACAGGACAGCCCUCAGCCUGAAGACUUUUACUGCCAGACAGCUGCAAAGUACACAGAUGAGUCCCGGGAUGACAUCCAGUUGACAUCACACAAAGAUGAAAGAGCAUGUGUGGAGGCGGGGACUGUGAAGGGAUCAGAGGAGUGUGUGUGCGUGGAGAGUGUGUGUUUAGUGGAAGAGAGUUUGUACUUAGGCGUCCACAGAGCAGCAGAGGGAGGCUUCAGUGCCACCAAGGUACCGGUGGUUAAAUCCCAGGAGGAAGAAUUGGAGCAGAGUGUGGAUUCUGACUUUAACCCUCUGGGCAAUCAUCUGCAUCAGGUUGCUUUGCCUCUCUCUGGAGGUCAGACUGAGAAGGAUAAAACCUCCCUGCAGGGCGAGGCUUUCCCUGUGAGUAUCUGCAGAAGCUACAGCGAGGAAGGUGAUGUUUGUUACAAUGACACAGCAGAUACAACUCUUACCAACGUGUCUUCAGUUUCCACCGUCCCAGUUGUCUCUUCCCUGCCCACUGACCUGACUGCCUUCUCCUUGAAAACUACAUCUUGCCAGUCUGACUCCAUCACAUCUGACAUAUUAGAUGUUAAUUCAAACGAUCCAACAUUUAACUUGAGCAGCACUAAACAUCCUAGUCAAGAUGCUGAACAUGUACACACUGAAUCUGAGCACAGGGAUGCCAGGUCUAAUGAGAAAGCUGAUGAUGCUUUGGAUGACGAGCCUGUUCAGGAAGUCCUCAUGAGCGGAGACGACAGACAGGCCGUCAAAAAACCAAAGCCAGAAAUGUGUCAGAACAGCAAACAUAUUGAGGGAGGUGACGUUACAGUCGUUUUACCUGAAACAGGCCAAAACACACCUCUCUCCUAGAGACGAGUGAUGGAAAAU